AUGUCACCUCUGCUAAAAUAUUGGUUUAAUAUCGAGAGUUUCUACGACGCAUCGCGACCCUGCGUUCUGUUGCAGAAGUUUUGCGGCCUGUUGCCUUUCACCGUAUAUCGAAUUCCGGCCAUUACGAGGGUGCCCCGGCACGGUGCCAGUGUCAACAACAACCCCGUUUCCGGCGCCGGGUCGCUGAAAUCGGAAGUGAAAUUUAUGGACGUUGUAAUUUUUGCCCUGUGGCAAGCGUUUUUCCUCCAAAUGCUGUUCGCCCAGUGGCCCUCCAUGAUGCUGAACAGUCCGAUGUCACGUAUCAUAGGCCUGGUGAGCUUGGUGCUCCAGUUGAUCGGCGGAUUCAGCUGCUCCUCGUCGUCCCUGCUGGCGCUGCUGUGUCGCAAGAAGUUUGUGAAAAUGGUUCACCUGGUCGAGAGCGCCGAUUGUUUGUUCCAAAAAUGGUUCGGUGAAAUCCCGCACACCCAGCUACAUUUCGGCUCCGUGGCGCUCCUGCUGGCCACCUGCAUCGCCAACGUUUCACUCAUCGUGUUCGAUUCGAUCGUUGAGUCAUCGUUGAUCCAACUUGAGAAACCUUCGCCCGUCAAGUUCAUGUACCUGUACUUCUACAUCAUUCGAACGGUGCAAAUAAUCGCGGUGACGACGUUCAUCGCCGGUCUGUACAACUUUCGAACACGCCUUCAGGCAUUCAGCCGCCAGUUCCGUGUCAUGUUCCUCGAGCAACAAGCGUCUGGCCCGCGAUGGUCGUGCCCGGAAAUGCAAGAACGUAUACAGGGCCUCGUCGAAAUCUACACUCUGCUCUGUGACUCGAUUCGCAUGUUUUGUAUGCUCUUUGCGUGGCAGCCCAUGUUCUUCUGCGCCACGCUGAUAACGGCCGCAGUGUUCGCGAUCCUCACGCUAAGCAAUAAGCUCUCGAACGAGGCCCCGAUUCUGACCGUGCUUUCCAUUAUCUACACGCUACCCACGGUGCUGUUUGCCCUCCACUUUCUCUUGAUCAUCAAACUCGGCAGCGAUCUGAAGAACGAGGGCAAACAGAUUGCAGUCCUCGCUCAUAAAGCUAUAAAUCAAUCAUCGAAGACACCGGCCAUCGUCGAGAGGCUGAUGCUUUUCUCACGCCAUCUGCAACACCAACGGCCGGUCGUAUCGUGCGGACUUUUCUGCUUCGACUGGACACUCGCUCUUUCCCUAAUCUCGGCCCUGGCCACGUACAGUGUCAUCCUGAUCCAGUUUGAGUUGGUCGUGCCGAAAUUUUUCAUCAGCGCCAUUGUGCAGUAUUACGAAGAAAAUCACGGCCCUUAG